GGGCGGGCUUUCAAUAAAUUUCAAUUGAUUAAAGUAAUUUCCCUUUCACUGAUAAAUUAGGGUUUCCACUUUCAAUUAAUGCUGUGUCUGUCACCCGGUAGUCGCCAAGCACAGCAUUUCUCUCACUACCUCGUUGUUUUGUCCUUUGACCAGCAUCUGUAUCUCUCUCUCUCUCUCUCUCUCUCUCUCUCAGAUGUUAUGCUUUUCAGCUAAUCUCAAUCUUUACUUCAAUGUUUCAGUGUACAGAUAAGCUUGACUGAUUGACAUUUGAUCAAGUGAUGCUUAUCCAGCUUGCACAAGGGGAUGCUUGCGAUGUGUGUAUUUAUUAAAAAGUUGGAGAUUCCUCUGCAUUAUCCUUCUAUCUUGAAGAUUGCACUUGAUUCCAGAGGACUUGCAUAUGUUGCUUCAGUUCGGUACUACAGUGAAGAUGAUAUCUUCGAUUCCUUGAGAUGUGCUAUCACCUGUUGUAGCUUUACAAAGGUUGAAAGCCAACAGAAUUGAUUUUGGUGAGGUUUAUUGAAAAUAACUAAAACAGGUUCACUGUGUUGUGUGGCUGCAAGGCCACAUGGGUCAAAUACGACCAGUGGAGAUUGGUCCAUGGUUCAGCAUGAGCGUUACUGGCAAACUAAUACAAGUGUCUCACCACCCCCAUCAAGAUGGGAUUUUACUUUCCCAUUUGAAGAGCUGCCGAAUGAUUCACGCAAAGGUAACCUACUACUUUGGUCCUCAACAGCAUCAAACAGAAAAGAAAGCAGAUGGAUGAGAGGCAACCAUCUUUAUAAUAAUUGUUGUUCUGCAUCUGUUGGCACAGGCCUGCUUUUGACUAGUCCUGAUCUUUCUUCUGGUCCUCAGUGGACACCUCCAGUCAUACAGGAAAUUAAUGCUGAUGAUUAUGAAACUGGAACAAGGAGAGGGAACUUCUGGAAACCCAGAGAGUGGGGGGAUCCACUUCAUCCUUUUCAAAUAGCUGUGAGUCUGAGCACACAUUCUAGUUAUGCCCAUCCUCUCAUUGUAACUUUUCAGGUCGUCGCUCCUUUGUCCAAAGCUAUCCACUCUUUAUUCUUUCCCACCCAAGCUGCAAGAGAAGCUUCUGAAAACCCAGUUACUGGGCUUUUAGAGUUUGAUGCUGCUGCCCUUCAUAGAGAUGCCCACUGUCAGAGCAGUGCUAGCAGUAGCGUAGAUUUUUCAGAUAUUUCUAAACCAUUUGAAUCUGAAAUUUUAGGUCGGUUGUGUAUUUCAUAUGAUACUUUUAAAUGUGGAUUGUGUGAAAGGUUUCUUUCACAAAGAUCCCUAUGGAGUUCUCAGCAGAUUGUAAGAAGCGGAGACAUGCCUGUUACUGGGGUUCAUUCAUGUUGUCAUGUUUUUCAUGCAGAGUGUUUGGGCAGUGAUACGUAAAGUAUUGUUCUCACGAAAAAUUGUGUUUGAGUACUAGACUAUGGUUGUUUUGAUUAUUUAGACUAAUGGCAAUUUAUAAGAAUUAAAUUUACUAAA